AUGGGGAGUGCGGGUACCGUCUCCUGGCGCAAGCUGCAGCGGCUGCACGACUUGUGUGGCCAGUUGGCUUUGCGCCGCGGUGCUGAUUAUGACAUGUCAAAGUUCGAUGCCCUGAAGAAGAAAGUGGGCGAGAUUGUGCAAUGCGGAGACAAGACGACGCAGGUGGAUGCGGAUCGUCUCCGGGUUCUGCACGACCUUUUGAAGAGGGUGGCAGUGCUGCCAGCUGGACAUGGUGUCGAGACAGAGGAUGCGACAAGCCCGGCAAGCUUGCCAGAUGGGGGUGGAGUGCAGGACGCGUGCCGGCGCGAUUGCAUGGAGCUUGAACUCCAAGGUGGGACGCACCUUGCCAAAACGGCAAGCACGGUGCCAACGGCCGGCCCCACGUAUUGUUCGUCUCCUGGCACGGUCUCCUGGCGCAAGCUGCAGCGGCUGCACGACUUGUGUGGCCAGUUGGCUUUGCGCCGCGGUGCUGAUUAUGACAUGUCAAAGUUCGAUGCCCUGAAGAAGAAAGUGGGCGAUAUUGUGCAAUGCGGAGACAAGACGACGCAGGUGGAUGCGGAUCGUCUCCGGGUUCUGCACGACCUUUUGAAGAGGGUGGCAGCGCUGCCAGCCGUGUCUUUCUGCGAUGGAGGCCUUCUGAUGCAAAGCCUCGUUGCACAGUGA